AUGCGUUUCCUUCUCUUCCUCACGUUCCUAAGCGGCGUGGUCUCGCGAUGCUCUGGCUUCGACCCGAAUUCGAAAAAUAACGUUGUUGUCUACUACGGGCAAGGACCUAAUCAGGGCGACCUGAUAGAGCAGUGCCAGCAGCCUGAGAUUGAUGUUAUCGUUCUGUCUUUCGUCCACCUCUUCCCGGCGCAAGCAAACGGUUACCCGGGUACGAACUUUGGCAACCGGUGCGGUGGGGAGGUCUACCCAGGUCCCGGAUGGAAUGGUGUGAACGACCCCUCGAAGGAUCAGUUGCAGUCCAACUGCCCGACACUGAACGCCCAGAUCCCCGUGUGCCAGCAGCAAUACGGCAAGAAGAUCAUCCUCUCUUUGGGAGGUGGCGUAACGAACUAUCAACUCACGGGCAGAAACGAGGGCGAAGUCCUGGCGACAUACCUCUGGAAGAUGUUCGGUCCCCAGAGCGCUGAUUGGACAGGUCCCCGUCCGUUCGACAAUGCCGGGCAGGCAGUUGAAGUGGAUGGCUUUGACAUGGACAUUGAGUGGCCAUCAACUGACAACUCAGAGGGCUACAUUGCGAUGCUCACCCUUUUGCGUUCCUUCUUCCCGACGGCAUCGAAACCGUACUAUCUCACCGGUGCACCUCAGUGCAUUGUCCCCGAUGCCAACAUGGGUGACAUGAUCACUGCUAUUCCGUUCGACAUGAUUUUUGUCCAAUUUUACAACACUCCGGCGUGCUCGGCGGCAACUUGGACGGCUAGCAACCCGUCGUACACUCCUGGCCAGGCCACACAACAGGCGGGAUUCACCUACGACACUUGGGCUCAGUGGCUGUCGACUACAGCCAGUAGCGCUGCCAAGUUGUACAUCACCCUGCCAGCUUCACCGGAUGCUGCUAGUGAGGGCAACUACAUUACACACGAGCAGGCUAGAAACCUGAUCGAUGCGUACUACUGCCGGGCAUCCUUUGGAGGUGUUGCUGUCUGGGAAGCAACUAGAGGCGACGCAAACCCCUACAACGGCAAAUCUUUCCAAGCGACUAUGAAAGACUGGCUGGUGGAGGCCGCCGUGAACCCGUCAUUGACAACUUGCGAUAGAGUCCAACGCUGCCGAACCCUGGCACGGGAGGAUGCGGAGCCGGGAUUGGAUCCUGCGGCACUGGAUAUUGCUGUAGCCAGUACGGAUACUGCGGGACAUCGACGGACCACUGCGGAACGGGAUGCCAGUCUGACUUCGGCACAUGUGGAACCGGCAGCACUCCUAAUCCCGCUCCGGCGCCCGCGCCGGAUCCGCCCACCACCCCAUCACCCGGAGGCGGAGCUUGCGGAGUAA